CCGCCUCCUCCUCCUCCACCUCUCUCCCCUCCUAUCCAUCUGCCUCCUCCUCUCUCCUCUCCUGUCCCUUCCAUUGCGUCCGCUCUUCCAACUCACUUCCUCCUCUCGUGCCCUCUCCUAUUCCGUUCUUCUGUGCACCACUACCCUCCGACCGCCUCCGCCUUUCGCUCCGCCUCGACUGCCUCCGCCCCUCCGCUUAG